GUCCAUCGUUCUUUUUCCGGCAGACUUCGCUUGCUGUCGAACACAUUUUGGUGGUAGCAGCGGAAAGUUUCUCAAUUUUCGUACACAAUGGUCAAUCUGAGAAAAAGGAAGAAGACCAGGAAGCUGCGUGGUCAUGUCAGCCACGGACACGGUCGUGUCGGCAAGCACCGUAAGCAUCCUGGUGGUCGUGGUAACGCUGGUGGUAUGCACCACCAUCGGAUCAAUUUCGACAAAUACCAUCCGGGUUACUUCGGUAAGGUCGGUAUGAGGAACUUCCACCUGAACCGCAACCAUAAGUUCUGCCCGACCAUUAACCUCACCAAGCUGUGGUCGCUGGUCAGCGAGGAGAAGCGCGCCGAGUGCAAGAAGAACCCGGAAAAGGUUCCGGUCGUCGAUUUGGUUAAGUUCGGAUACUACAAACUGCUCGGCACCGGUGUCUUGCCCAAGCAGCCGAUCAUCGUGAAGGCGAAAAUGUUCUCGCGAAAGGCCGAAGAGAAAGUUAAGCUGUCCGGAGGCGCUUGCGUCCUGCGUGCUUAGGUGUAUUUUUGUUUUGGUGGAGAAAAUGACUGGCCCAUGGUUCCCCGCGUUCCCAUUGACAUCGGAUUGGUUUUCGGUGUUCCGUACAUCAAGUGUGUGUAUCGGGGAGAAGCAUAAUAAAGAAACGCAAAGCUAAAGCCA